AUGAAAACUUUGAGCAGAAACAAUAGUGAAAAAAGAAAAAGAGACUCUGAAAGCGAUUAAAAGGCAGGAGUCAUUAGGAUAAAUGAGGCUCUCAUUAAAUAAGUUACAAAUCAAAGUGAUUUCUCAUAGAUCAAAGCACUUAAUUUUCAUAUUAGAUUGAAUAAUAAUUCAAAAAUAUAAAGACUAGAAGGAUUGGAUGAUCUAGUUAAUUUAUAAGAGCUUAACCUUAGUUAUAAUAGCAUUUAAAAAAUUGAGAAUUUGGCUCGUUUGCAAAAUCUGAGAGAACUCAAUUUAGCGGAAAAUAAUAUAUCAAGAUUAGAAGGCCUAGAGAUGCUUAAGAAUAUAGAAAAUAUAAAUCUUAAUGGAAAUAGUAUAGUUGAGUUACCAAUAGAUAUCCUAAAAAAUUUAUAAAGGUUAAGAGUGUUAAAGUUGACAAGAAAUAAAGUUAAAGAGUUAGGAUAGGUUUAAAAUUUAAGUGUGUUGAGUAGUCUCGAAAGUCUUUCCAUAAGCGAAAAUCCAUUCUGUAAAUCUAUAACAUAUCAAGAAUUUUGCAUUUAUGCCAUGACUAGCUUGAAGGUUUUAGAUUCUAAAAAAAUAGAUGAAGACUAAAGGAAGAAUGCUUUGUUUUUAUUCUCUAGCGGCUUGUAGAAUAAAUAGGGAAAGAAUUAAGGAAAUAAUCCUUAAAGUAGUGCUCGUGAUGAUGUAAGCAUGAUAAAAAAGCAAAUUGAGUAAGCUAAUCAGCAAAGAGACUAAUUAUCAUAUGAAAAUUAAUACUUAAAAGAAGAGAGAGAUUAGUUAAAUUAGUAAAUUGAGGGCUUAAAUGAAAGAUUUUAGAUUAAAUUAAGGGAAAAUUCUGCUUUUAGUGAAAAAAUUGCUAAAUUAGAGGCAGAGCUUUAAAAUUACAAAAUUGAUGACUUAUUUUAAUCUUUUAAAGAUACGAGAAACUUUGAUCUAAAUAAGUUAAUGGAUAUUUAGAAUACUUAAAAUUUAGUAGAAUUUGACAAUUAAUAUUUCAAUAAGCUAGAAUAAAAAUCAAAAGAUCUCCACGAAAAAAGAGAAGAAUACCUAUUUAAAAUAGAAAAUUUAGAAGCCUAGUGUGAAAGGUUAAAAGAAAGAAUCAUAGAAAGAGAAAAAGAAAUGAACUAAGCAGCUGAAUCUUACUUUCAGAUGAAGAAUCAAAUUAGAAUGAAUAGCAAUGUUAAGUUUAUGAAAGACUCAUUCAUGCCUGACUCAGAUGACUUAGAAAUCCUUAUCAAAUAAAAGGAAGCAAAACUUGCCUUUCAUUACAAUGAAAAUGAAAAGCUAAGAUUUGCUAAUAGUGAACUUUAGAGAGAAAUUGAUUUGACAAGGGAAAAAAUAGAUAAGACUAGAAUUUUGAUUAAUAAAUUAGAUGCUAUUAAUGAUGGAGAAAGUACUUCUAGUGAGGUUGAGGAUGAGAGAGUUCUUUUAGAUAAGAAAAUAAAUUCUCUUUAUCAAAAAUUAACUUCUUAGUAAGAAAAGAAUAAUGAAAUAAUUCAUUUAAUUACAUCUAUUAAUAAUGAAGUUAAUUUUUUAAGCUCUGAGAUUGAGGAUUUAAAAAAGUAAAGGUAAGAGAGCUACUUAAAACCUUAGAAGACAGUAAAAACAAACGAAUCUGAAAGUGUUGGAUUAGAUAAUGAAAAACUUAAGGAACUAAGCAAUAACAUAACGUUUUUCUAAAAUGAAAUUAAUUUAAUGAAGGAAAAAUUAGAAGAUAAUUAAAAAGUCUUAAAAGAAUUUCAUAUUUUACUGUAAAAAAAUUAAUCUGAAAUUGAUAUUUUGGAAUCACAGAAAUAAUAAAUUUAAAAUAACUUUAAAGCAAGCACAUUUGUCAAUAAUUUAAGCAACAGUUUCAAAAAGACUGUUUAAAACUAGUUAAAUAAUGCUGCUAAUAACCUUUAAAAUAUUGUUCACGUGCUUAAGACUAAGGCUCCAAAGGUUUUAAAUAAAAAAUUAUCUAUUAUUAAUAAAAUAGAGUAAUAAGUUAACUCAGUUGCUGCUGACCCUUAGAUUGACAAUUUUUCUUAGUGCUUAGCUGACUUGAGUGGUGCUAUAAGGUUUAUCUUUGAGGAAAUGGAUGACUAUAAAAUUGAACAAGGCGUUAUUUUUGAUGAGUAAACAAACUAAAAGCGCAAAGAAUUUUAUCACUUACAACAAUAAAUUGAUGAUUACCAAUAAGAUAAGUAAAGGUGCUUUGAUCAAAUCAACACUUUAUAUAAAGAAUAUAUUUAUGAUCAAGUUAAUAACGCUGCUAAAAAGAAAAAAUACAAAUCAGGAUAAGAUGAGUAUAAUUUUCCAGAGAAAUUUGAAAGCUUUGAAGACAUGCAAUAAGUCUUUAAAAUUAUUUAAAAACUAAUGAAAAAUGUAGAAAAAAACGAGUUAACAAUUAAGAAUUUUAAUGAAGUCAAAUAAAAAUUCUUAGACGAGUUUGAAAAAGAGACUUAAGAGUUAUCACAAAAAUGGAGAGAAUUUGAGUCAAAAAAAUUAGAACAUAAGUCUAAGAUAAAUAAAGAAAGAGAAUAGCUAUAUUAGUAAUUAGAACAAGAAUAUGAGAAGGUCAAAUCAGAGAGAGAAGCUAUCAAAAAUGAUCGUUAAAGAUUUUAUGAAGAGUAAGAAAAUUACUUUUUAAGUCAACAAAAAAAUAAAGAAAAAGAGGAAAACGAUAAAUUUACUGUUAUCAAAGAUGUUGAAGAUUAAAGAUAGCUUAAAUAGAAUUUAGAAAUGGAAAUUUAUUAACUUAAAUCUCAUUUAACUCGUCUUUAGAGUGCUUCUGAUGAAACAGAAGCUAAAAGAAGUGUAGCAGAGAAAGAUCUUUAAAGAAUACUUCAGUAAAUUUAAAAGGAGACAGAGAAAGUUUUAAGCUAGAAUGAGUCUAAAGAAAAGUAGCACAAAAUACAGCAUGUCUUUGAAGAAAGCAUAAACAAACUUAACUAAGAAAAUGAAAGACUUUAAAAUAUUAAUUAAUAACUAUAAGCUUAAAAGCAAGAAUUGCAAUCAGAAGUUUAAAAAUUUGAAGUCGAUAUGAAAAUAAUAAUCUAAAAGUUUGAGGGAGAGGAAACAAUUUACAAACAAAAGCUGAAAGAACUUGAAAGCAGCAUUCAAGAAAAAAGAAAAAUUUUAUAUUCUAUAGAGUAAACUUUAAAUGACAAGGAGAUAAAUAUUAACAGAGUUGAUAGCCUUUUAGAGGAAUAUGAAAAUACAAAAGAAAAAUACAAACAAAUUAAAAUGGAAAGCUUGAAUUUAGAAAAAUAAAUUGAAGAAGGUAAAAUAAAACUAGACGAAAAUGAAAUGAAAAUUAAAAUGCAGUAAAAUUAACUAACUUCCCUAAAAAAGCAUCUUGAGAGUCUUAGUUCUUUGUCUAAGCAGAAGCAGCAAGAAGUUAUUUCAUUAGAAAAGCAAUACAGUGACAUUUAGUAGCAAUUGCUUGAUGCUGAGCUUAAAAUCUAAAAACUUGAUGGAUAAUAAUAAUAUUAUAUAGAAGAGAUGAAUAAAAUUGAAAAAUCAAGAACAGAAAAGAGAAAAGAUUUGCAAAUCUUAGAAAAGCAGGUGCAUGAUAAAGACCUAGAACUUUAAAGUAUUAGUUUGAAGCUUGAGCAUGUUAAAUAAGAAUAUGAAGUAAAGCAAAAAGAACUUCAGGAAAUUAGACAAACAUAUUAAUUGGAUGAAAAGAAAUUUAAGUCCUUAAUGGAAGAAAAUCACAAUACUCUUUAACAGCUUAGAGAAACAAUUGAAGAAAGAGAGCAACAAUAUUAUAAUCUAAGCAAAAAAAGAGAAUAGCUCGAAAACACCGAAAAAUAAAAAUAAGAUAACCUGUAAAAUUUAAUAAGCUCCUCUAAUGAGAGAGAGCAUUAGUUGAAAAUUUUAAAUCAACAAGUAGAUAGCAUGUCCGAAGAAUAAAACCUUCUUGCUAAUAGAUUACAAGAAUUGUCAAGCAUCCAAUCUAAACUAAUUGAUGAUAACACAAUCUUGGAAGAAAGGAGAUAGGAAUUAAAUGAUUAAGUGAAUGAUUUGGAAUAAUAUGCUGAAGAAUUAAAAGAUGAAUAAAAAGAUAUUUUAGAAAGAAUCAAAACGUUGACUAAGAAGGAAGAAACAAUUUAUAUUAAUAAGGCUUUCAGUGGAGAAGAAUUAGAUAAAGAUAUUUAAUUAAAGAUAGAAUAAAUAAUAGAAAGCUAUUAUGCUAAUUAAAAUAAGGAUGAAGAGAUUGAAUAGCUGAAUAAAUAAAUCAAAUAACUAAAGCUAGAAAGUGAAAAUUAUAAGAAUAUUUUAAAUUCUAAAAACCACCAAAUUAUUUCUCAGUCUUAAUAGAAAGCACAAUUAAACAGUAAAAAUGCUAAUUAUCAGAACAACUUAAAUUCAACAGGUAAAUUGGGUAUAGGAUAAUCCUCUUCUUUAAAAAAUAUAUAAAAAUAAAAUCAAUUAUCUACAUAAAAUUAAGAGAAUGAGAUUUAGUCUAAUUCUAAAUUUUAACUUGAUACCUUUGCUAAUAAAAAUGGUUUUAUGGGAUUAAGCACUCUUGCCAAUAAUAAUAUGAUGAUGAUUUAAAAUGAUAAUGAGUCUCUACUUUUAUCAAGUGAUAAUAAAUACAAAAAUUUAGUAACUAGUAUUCAACAAAAAAAUAAUCAGGAUUUAUUGAAUGAACUCAAUUCAUAGAGAUUAAAAUAAGUUAAAACUGGCUAAUAAGAUAAUCCUUUCCUAAGAAAGUUAUAAUAGCAACUUGAAUUAGAAGCCACUCCUGAAAAAUAAAAAAGCUAAGAUAACCUAUUAGAUGAUAAUCUUUUUUCCUCUAAUAAUAAUCCAGCAGGCUAUUCAGCUUCAAAAGCUUCAUAGAAUAACUCAUAUAAAAAGCCAAUUUCAACUAUUUAGGAACUUUAGCAGCAAGAAUCUGCUAAUAUAAAUAAAAGUCCUUAUUAUAUAAAUUAAGAAUAAAAAUAAAAUCCUAGAUCAGACAAUUCUUCUAAUUAGAAAUAAAAACAUUAAUCUUCAGUAGAUAAAAUAUACCAAGAGUUAGAAGAAGCAGAUAGACAGCUUUUAUAGCUUCAAGAUUAGAAUGAAAUAAAAAACUUGAUGGAAUCUUCUCAAUCUGAAGACAAUAGCUAAAAAAAAUAAAAUGAAUAAUAUUAAAGAGAGUAAUAAGAAGAAGAAGAAUAGUAUUAAGGAUAAUAAGAACAAUAAGAUUACGACUUUUUAGGAGAAGAAUAAUUUUAAGAUGAAGAUAAUGAAUUUAAUUGA